ACAAAGCAUUAUACCCGACCCUAUUUGUUAACCGGUUGUGGUAUUUAUGCUCUGCUCCAAUAUUAUGGAGAAAGGCUGAAUUUACCAGUGAUCUAAAAAAAUCAUAUAUGCGGUGGAGUAAAUUCAAAAAAACAAUGUGUGGCAAUCGAAAACCUCAUGCUUUAUAUUUACUUCGACUUCAUAUCUCUAGUUGCAAGGUCUCUAGUAAUGAGCUAUAUGGAAUUGCUAGAUCCUGUCCCAAUUUACGACAUCUAAAAAUCAAAUGGUGUUGUGGUAUAUCUGAUAGAGUUGUUA